GCUGAAUUUACCUUGGUUUCACAUGGUUUCUUUAUUUCAUGAAUUUCGGGUGUUUGUGUUUUGAUUCACAAUUUGUAAUAAUUUUGAACUAUUUUUUAAAAAAAUGGAUGAUUCUGUGCCUAAAAAAACAUUUAAAUUAAUACGAAGGAAGCCUGUUAUAAAAUCUGAGCCAGAACCUGAUGUUAUUCAAAAAAAUUUGGAACCACUUUUUCAUAACAUCAAAAAGAAAAGGCUGGCCCAAGACAUUUAUUAUCAAAAUCAUAGUUUUGGUGUAACUUCCCUGAAGAAGGAUGUGCAUCAAAGAUUGGGACAAACUUCAAAGUCACAAAAGUUUUUCCAUAUGCCCUAUGGAACAAACACAUCCAGUAUUGGCCCUAAGCCCAAAAAACUAUUUCGAAGAAAUCACCAAAAUAACCAAUUACAAAGGCAUUUCUCUGUACAGGACAGGCUUAACAAAAUCAGGCUACAUCAAUCGCUAAUUGGUAAAAACAAAGUACUAAAACUUGGAAGAAACAUUCCAUAUAACUUGAGGGUGCAAGUAUCCAACUUGGAUUUUAAAAAACAACCAAAUUUUCAUAGAAAGUUUAAACUUAUACUUAAUCCACAACUACAAGAAGACAUUCAGGCAAUACAGUUAAAGUUUCUAUCCAUGCCUUUACAUUUGGAGGACUGGAGAACCCAACCUGAAAGUACAGGUGUAAGGAUGAAUGAUCGCUUUACCUUGUACUAGUGUUAAUUAUGUUACAAAAUGCUACCAAAAUUGAUGGAAUCAGUGAAAACAAGGUCAUUUUUAUAUUUAGAAAUUCAGUAUCAAACAUUAGGGGGGUUUGUUGUGAAACAUUGUUUGGAACUUUGGAACUUCCCAGGUAACAAUUGUGUAAUGCAUGAUGAACUUAUUACAUAAUUUUCUUAGCUGCCUUUUAUCACAUAAGUGCCCUAUCAUAUUUAACAAUUUUACAGAGCAUCUUAAGAUUUUUGAGCUAAUUUAAAUUAUUUUUUAAGAGGUUGUUUAAUUGGCUUCUAGGGCUUCUUAUUAGGAAGUAAGGGUGGAACUAAAAAAACAUUUUUGUAUAUAACUUUUGUACCACAUUUUUUUUCAAAAUU